AUGUCUCACAUUCGUAAAGGUUCAUCCGCAUCAAGUCCCGAUUUACGUAACAUAAAUGUUACUUCAGGAACUCCUUUGUCUGAUAUAUCUAACGUUGAUACAUGCAGCAACAUUGACAAACCUGAAGCUGUCCAAAGAACAAAAGCUAGAAGAAUAUAUUCCAACAGUAAAAGAUUCAAUACAACCUCAUCGCAGACUCAAUCCACACUAAAUUAUUCAACUCAUAAUAAUAAAGAAAAUGUAACUUCAACCACAUCUACCGUGUAUAACAGAUCAUUAUGUAGGCCUGUUUCUAUACGUGAUGUAGACAAGGAUGAGGCUGCAAACAGAAGGAAGGCUAGACGUAUAUACUUGAAUAGCAAAAGAUUGAAUAAAAAUUCAACACAGACUCAAUCGUCACUAACUUCUUAUACGCCAAAUAAAGAGAAUAUUAGUCCGAACACUACUUUUACGUUGAAUAGAUCAUCUUUUAGCGUCCUCUCAAGUAUCAAUGUCUCUUCCGGUUCAUCUAAAUUCAAUUCAGGAAACAUUGCAUCUUCCAGUGGUAUUCCAAGAAACAUUACAAGCAACUCAGCAUCAGUCAUGAUACCUUCUUCAUCGUCUACAAUUCCACCAAAUACUGUUAUAGCAUCAGACGAACCUUCACCAUUGAUAAGAAUGUCAUCAGGAAAGCGGAAAUUAGUAAGAAAACGACGAAACUUAACACCUAUACCUAUUAUUGAUUUGACAACAGAUGAUGAUAAUGAGGUUGCUGAUAUCAUUGAUCAACAUUUAAAAGGUGUUUCAAAAGACUACUUGGAUCAUGGUGACCAGAUUAUCGUGUGUCGAACGUGUAGCGCAAAGCUAUGGAAAGCAGAGGCGGAUAGGGGAGAACAAAAGCGAAAUAAACCUAACUAUUUCCUUUGCUGUUCAUACGGCAAAGUUUUGUUACCUGAUUUUAAGCAGCCUCCUGAAAUUUUGAAAGAUCUAUAUGUUGGCGUCAGUGCGAAGAGCAAAUUCUUUUUAAAAAACAUUCGUCGUUAUAAUUCUAUGUUCUCAUUUACAUCUAUGGGAGGAAGGAUUGACAAAACUAUCAACCGUGGAAAUGCACCUUAUGUCUUUCGAUUAAGUGGUCAAAAUUAUCAUACUAUUGGGAGUCUAUUACCUGAUGAUGGAAAGGAGCCAAAAUUCAGCCAGUUGUAUAUAUACGACACAGAUAAUGAAAUAUUUAAUCGACAAAAUGCAGUUGGGGGCUCAAACACUUCUUUUACAAUAACUGAGUCAACUUUUGAUGUUCAGAUCAUUGAGGAACUUACACUUAUGUUAGACACUAACAACGCUUUGGUUAAAAUUUAUCGACAAGCUAGAAAUUGUUUAAACGAAAACCCUUACAUCGACUUGAAGCUUUGUCUAAUUGGUAAAAGAUCCAAAGAUGGUAGGACAUAUAACCUUCCUGAAGCUUCUGAAGUUGCUGCAUUAGUUAUUGGAGAUCUGACUCAAGCUGUUGAGAAUCGUGAUAUAGUAGUGAAAACAAGAUCUGGUCGGAUUGAGCGCAUAAGUGAAUUACAUCCUUCUUAUCUUUCUCUACAAUACCCUCUUUUAUUUCCAUACGGAGAAGAUAUGUACAGGGUUGACAUUCUUCAUAGAGGUCUCAAUCCAGACACGAACAGCAAACGUCCAAUGUGUACUAUGCGUGAGUUCUUUGCUUAUAGACUACAAGAUCGUGUCGAUAAGUUUUCUUUGAUUCAUAAUGCAAAAAGACUUUUCCAACACUUUGUUGUUGAUGCUUACACUAUGAUUGAGAGUGAAAGGUUGUUUUACAUACGGCGACAACAAACUCAUUUGAGGUCAGAAACUGUUCAGAAUAUUCAGAAUGCAAAUUUUUUCAUCACUAUUACGUGUAAUCCAAAAUGGCCGGAGGUGCAAAGGUUUUUAAAAGAUACAACGAUAAGGCCUGAAGAUAGACCAGACAUUUUGUGUCGAAUUUUCAAGAUAAAACUAGAUGCCAUAACAAAAGAAUUGAAAGAAGGCAAGUUGCUCGGUAGAGUUAAUUCUGUUGUCUAUACUGUUGAGUUUCAAAAACGCGGACUUCCUCAUGCACACAUAUGUGUAUUCAUGCAUUCUGACAGCAAGAUUCUAUCUGUUGACCAACUAGAUCCAAUCAUUUCUGCCGAAAUUCCAGACAUAGCCGAGGAUCCAGAGUUAUAUAAACUUGUGGCAGACUACAUGAUUCAUGGUCCGUGUGGUCCUCUCAAUAUGAAUUGUCCUUGCAUGAUCGAUCGUAAGUGUUCCAAGAAGUUUCCUAAGAAAUUUGUUAACGAAACAUGUUUGGAUAAAAAAGGAUUUCCAGUUUAUCGUCGAAGGGAUUCUGGCCUAUCUGUUGUUAAAUCACGUGUGAACGUAGACAAUAGAUAUGUUGUUCCAUAUAGUAAAGUUUUGUUAAAAAGAUACCAGGCGCAUAUUAACGUUGAAUGGUGCAAUCAAGUUGGUUCUAUCAAAUAUUUGUUCAAGUACAUUAACAAAGGCCCAGAUAGAACUACUCUUAGAGUUGUUGAAAGUGGAAAUCAGGAUGAGCAGGAACCUGUAGUCGAUGAGAUAGAAAAGUAUUACGAUUGCCGGUAUAUUUCUGCAUGCGAAUCUGUUUGGAGGAUCUUUUCAUAUGAUAUUCAUUAUCGAUAUCCCGCAGUUAUUCGAUUGCCGUUCCAUUUACCUGGUCAGCAAAACGUAGUAUAUGGCGCAGACGAUGACAUUGACGAGGUUCUUAACAAACCAUCUGUUGCUUCUACUAUGUUCUUAUCUUGGAUGAAGUGUAACGAAAAAUUACCUGAGGCACGUAAUCUUACUUAUGUUGAGUUUCCAUCAAAGUAUGUUUUUAAAUUAAGAACUCGCAGUUGGGAUAUAAGGAAACGACAUCCUUCAAUCGGUAGGAUUCAUUCGGUGUUUCCUUCAGCUGGUGAAGCAUACUACCUCAGAAUAUUAUUGAACAAAGUAAAGGGACCAAAAUCUUUUGAAGAUAUUCGUACUGUAAAUGGUACUUUGUAUCCAACUUUCAGGGACGCAUGCUAUGCGCUAGGGCUUUUGGACGAUGAUAACGAGUACAUUGAAGCUAUCAAAGAAGCUAAUUUGUAUGGAAGUGCUACUUAUCUACGGACGUUAUUUGGAACAAUGCUGAUGUCUGGUAGUUUGUCUAGACCUGAUUUUGUAUGGGAGAAAACAUGGACGUAUUUAUCGGAUGACAUUUUAUAUAGACAAGAAAAACAUUUGAAUGUUGAUGGUUUAAAUUAUUCUGACGAAGAAAUAAAGAAUUUGGCGUUGUUAGAGAUUGAGAAGUUCUUACUUCGUAAUAAUUCAUCUCUGAGGAACUAUUCAAAUAUGCCUUAUCCUGAUGAUGAGUCUAUUUCUUCGUCUAACAAUCGAUUGAUCAACGAGGAGUUAUCUUACUUCCAAAAUACCAUGGAAGAUGAGUUGAAUAAUAUGUUACUACUUUUAACAGAUGAGCAACGUAAUGUUUUUGAUCAGAUUAUGGAAUCUGUUAGAACAAACAAAGGUGGUGUCUUUUUUGUUUACGGAUAUGGUGGCACCGGUAAGACCUUUCUUUGGAAGACAUUGUCGGCAGCAAUUCGAAGUAAGUCUGAAAUUGUUUUAAAUGUUACUUCAAGCGGUAUAGCUUCUUUGCUACUUUCUGGAGGUCGAACAGCCCAUUCUCGAUUUUCCAUCCCUCUGAAUCUAAAUGAGGAUUCUCUUUGCCGCAUGAAGCCUGGAUCUGAACUUGCGUGUCUUUUAAAAAAAACACAACUUAUUAUAUGGGAUGAGGCUCCUAUGAUUCAUAAACAUGCCUUUGAAGCAUUGGAUAGAACCUUAAAAGAUAUAUUGAUGCCUGAUUGUUCAAAUAGCGAAGCUUUACCAUUUGGAGGAAAGGUAAUUGUAUUUGGUGGUGACUUUAGACAGAUUCUUCCUGUUGUUCCUAAUGGCUCUAGACAGGAUAUCGUGAAUGCUUCCCUGAGUUCGUCAUAUAUAUGGAAUAAAUGCAAGUUACUAAGGCUAACAAAAAACAUGAGGCUUACUGUUGGCAUGAAUCAUGGUGAUAUUGACAAGACAAAAGAGUUUGCUAAAUGGCUUUUGGAUAUUGGCGAGGGAAAACUUGGUGGUCGCAACGACGGAGAAGCUCUUAUUGAUAUACCUCAAGAACUGUUGAUUACUGAGUCCACUAACCCUAUUGGUAAUCUGAUCAACUUUGUGUAUCCGUCGAUACUUGAAUCGUUCAAUGAUCCAAAUUAUUUUCAGGAAAGAGCCAUACUUGCUCCUAAGAACGACGUUGUUCACGAGAUAAAUGAUACCUUAUUAGCAAUGUUUCCUGGUGAUCAUAAAGAGUAUCUAAGUUCAGAUUCCAUCUGCCAAUCUGAGAAUAAAAACGGUCUGUGCAAUGGUACAAGAUUACAAGUCGUAAAACUUGGUGAUCGGAUUAUUGAAGCCAAAGUGAUUUCUGGUAAUAAUAUUGGUACUAGAACUUUUAUACCAAGGAUCAAUCUUUCCCCCUCUGACAAACGAAUACCUUUCAAGCUUCAAAGAAGGCAAUUCCCGAUAGCUGUGUGUUUUGCAAUGACGAUAAAUAAAAGUCAGGGACAGUCGUUAUCUAAGGUUGGUUUGUUUCUAAAGCAGCCUGUUUUCACUCACGGACAACUAUAUGUUGCAGUUUCAAGAGUCAAAAGCAUGGAUGGUUUAAGGAUGUUAAUAUUAGAUGUUGAGGGAAACGUUACUAAUAAGACUACAAAUGUUGUAUACAAAGAGAUAUUCUCAAAUUUAUAG